UUGGCUGAAGCUGCCCACUCCCCCUUGAAUGUGGUAACAGCAACUCCGAAGACGUUAUGUGAAGCUUCGAUAUUAUUAACUUUCUUUGUUUGACACUUCUAGGACGAUAAACAGAUAUUCCAACAGUUAAUAUACAUUUAUAACAUGGCUUUUCAUGGUAGCAAGUGCUGCCGCUUUAUAGUAGGCAGACAUUACGAUGUCAAGGCCCUGUCAACGCAGCGCGUGAAACUAUUUGUACCAAGCUCAACACCCAAGUUGCUGCGGUGGUAUUCCAGCGCAACACAAGAGGAAAAUGAACUUGAACUCGUAUCUCUUGCAAACUCAAGUGCAGCUGUCCCUGCAACAAAAAUUGCGACGACACAGGAGCUGGCUGUACCAAUGGGCCAGAGGCAAAGGUUGAAUGAGGAAGUUCUACCCUUCUCUGCCUUCUUGACAGACAACUUUGGCAGACAGCACAGCUACCUACGCAUUUCCCUGACGGAGAAAUGUAACCUUCGCUGUCAGUACUGUAUGCCAGAAGAGGGGGUAAAGCUCACCCCUCGCGCUCAGCUCCUGUCUACUUCCGAGGUGCUGACCGUGGCCCAGCUGUUUGUACGAGAGGGUGUGGAGAAGAUCCGCCUCACUGGGGGAGAACCCCUCAUCCGACCAGACGUCCUGGACAUCAUCACGGAGCUGAGGAAGUUGGAGGGCCUGAAGACCAUUGCUGUGACCACCAAUGGUAUGAACCUGGUGAGGCUGCUGCCUAAACUGAAGGAGGCUGGUCUGGACCUGCUCAACAUCAGCCUGGACACCCUGGUGCCGGCUAAGUUUGAGUUCAUCGUCCGGCGGAAAGGGUUCCACAAGGUCAUGGAAGGUAUUGACAAAGCCAUUGAGAUGGGCUAUAACCCUGUCAAGGUCAACUGUGUUGUCAUGCGGGGCCUCAACGAGGACGAGCUUCUGGACUUUGUGGCCCUGACAGAGAAGAAGCCUCUGGAAGUACGCUUCAUUGAGUACAUGCCCUUUGACGGUAACAAAUGGAACUUCAAGAAGAUGGUGAGCUACCAGGAGAUGCUGGACCGCAUUAGACAGCAGUGGCCCAGUUUGGAACAGCUUCCACUCGGAAAGACCGACACAGCCAAGACAUUUAAGGUGCCAGGCUUUCAGGGCCAGGUGGGCUUCAUCACCUCCAUGUCGGAUCAAUUCUGUGGCUCCUGCAACCGACUACGCAUCACGGCAGACGGCAACCUCAAGGUGUGUCUGUUUGGGAAUACGGAGGUGUCUCUGAGAGACGUUCUGCGCUCUGGAGCUUCUGACCAGAAGCUGCUGGAUAUCAUUGGUGCCGCCGUGGGCAGGAAAAAGAAACAACAUGCAGGCAUGUUCAGCAUCUCCCAGAUGAAGAACAGACCCAUGAUCCUCAUCGACACCACACCCCAAAGGCCCCUGUCCCUGCCCAAGUCCAGAGUCUGCCAGUGGUCCUCCCUCCCCUCGUCUAUGUCCCAGAUCAUGCAGUCCUCACCUCAGCUAUGGGCCUCCAACUGUACCACUCCAGGGGUGGAAGUGGCCAAGUGACCAAGGCUGCUGAUUCUGACAUGCACAUGUCUCAGGUACACACUUGCCAGGAAUCCAAACUUAAUAAAGAAUGCCUCUACAAGGAGCCCUGAGAUUCCCUCCCUUCGCACACUACUGAGAAACCCUAAAACAGGGCCCCACCUAAGCCAGCAUAGCAUAAGGCAGUGCCACAGACAAACCUCCAGAGAUGACCUCCAAGCCAAACUCAAACACACACAACACACCCACCCCCACACACUUGGGGGUGGGCGAAAAUUCCUCUGACUCCCCCCAAGCCGGACAACACCACCACUGCCCUACACAGAUGCCUAAAGCCAAGCCUCCAUGGAGGAUGUGGGCAGCAAACCCCCCACACGUCGAAGCACCACAGCUACCAGUCACCUGGGCCCCACUGCCUUCCGCCUGCUCCGGAACAACCAUUUAGGCAAGGGGGACGCAGGCAACAUGGGUGCACUCAUCCCGCUUUGCAACCUGCCGCCCUUAGACCGGUCCUCUGUCGGCUUCGACCUCGAUGACAUGCGGCCGUUGUUACUGCGACCGCCCAGGCUGUACCAGCCUGUGAUAUCCAGAUGGAUACGCUGACUGCGGUCACAGUGGCAUCGUUGACGCUUUACGUCAUGUGCAAGGUGGUGAGUCACAACAUCACCAUCACAGACAUCAAGCUAGAUGAGCGGGGGAAAAGGACUUCCACCGUGAGCCCUAACCACUAACUGGAAAAUUAUCUCCACGGCACCAGGUUUGGGGGUCAGUACAUACGGUAAAGAGAUCAAUGGAAUGCAGACCAUAUCUAACAAAGUGGAUAUUCAUCAAAUCCGUCAUUAUUUAUAUUUAAUAACAGGCCCACGAUGUAGUAAGUAAAAUCUGAUUUGGAUGUUUUUGCUCUAUGAUAUCUAGAAGUUGUUCUUUUGGGUUUAGAACUAAUGCUUGUGUAAACUGGUAGCAUAGCAUGCCAUAUAAAAAUCGGUGGUGGUAGUCAUUUUUAAGUGUAAUGCAAUUGAUUGGUGACGAUGACAUGAACUUGUAUUGGGGUUUACAAGCAUUAUACUCUGAUUUUUACCCCAACAGUGUGAAAUACACAAUAGCCAACAUUUUGAUGGCCGCCAUUGCAGAAAUUCUGAGCAUAGGGGGAACACAUGCGUGGCUGUUUUAGUUUAACUCUUACCUGAUCUAUACAAAAAACACAAAAAAAGUUGGUUUAACACAGGUGGUGAAUUGAUAACUACAUUUCCCAAGUUGACUGAAUAAAAAAUUCAAUUGACCCCAAACCUGCAUGGUACAUCUCCUUUCAAAAUCUCACAUUUUUUAGAGGAUCAGGAAAUGCCUCACUGCAAGUCAUCCACUGAUGAAGUCCAUCUUGUCUGGCUGGUAGGCUGUGCCAUGACUUGCUGAUCAGUAUUGGUCCUUCCAUUGUACCAGAUUCUUAUGAUCAGAAAUGUUUCUCUGCAGACCUGCCAACCUGCACACAUUUUUUCUCCAAAUCCGUGCAGAUGAAGGAAUGGCGACAAGGAAGCUACUUUUGUGAUACACCCAUAAUGUUGAGGCUAGAGUCCUUUUUGAGAAAGAAAAUAAAUAUGGACUAGGGCAAGGAUCAUCAACCAGCUGCGGGAUGAUUUUUUUUCUUGAGCGGAUUGUCGGGGUCCCGGAACAUUAUUACAAAUCAUUUGUGGACUGCAAGUAGCCCAAACCGAUACCUGUAUGUUUGACUAAAACUAAAUCAUUUCAAACACGAAUACUUGAAUAAGUUUCUUAAAUAAAAUCACUUGGAGCUGAUUUCCUGGUAUUUUUACAGUCCAACAAUAAAUUCCACACAUUUUGGGCUCAAACUAUUUUAUUUUUCAAAUAAAACCAUUUGGCCCACAGGCCGCCAGUUGGGGAACCCUGGACUAGGGUGUGCUUUAACCUCUCAAACACCUGUGAUAAGACAAUCAGAGUCAAUUAUUGUUUGUUGCCUCAUGUUCUAAGGCAAGUGUCAAACUCAUUCCAUGGAGGGCUGAGUGUCUGCUGGUUUUAGCUCCUCCCUUGUACUUGAUUGAUCAAUAAGGUCACUGAUUAGUUAGGAACUAGUCCCCUUACCUGGGUGUCUAGGUCUUAAUUGGACACAUUGAAAGUAAACAAUGAUAAUACACUCGGCCCUCCAUGGAAUGAUUUUGACACCCGUGUUCUAAGGUUACACUAAAUUAAUUUGAUAAUUUCACACAGUAAAGUGCUGUACACUGAUUGUUGAAUAUAUCCAAAGUUACUAAUUAUCAUAUGUUAUCUUUUCUAUGUUCAUUAUUCAGCACUGUGCCUUUGGAAUACUAAUUAAAUAAACAAGCUGAUAUGUAAA